UUUCUGUUUUCAAAAAAUUUUCAAUUUUUUAUAAAUUUAAACUUUUAAAAAUUCCUAAAUCUAAUUUCAUUAGAAUAAUCUGUAUACUAAAUAUAUUCUCUCAGUAACCACAAUAUAUAAAUAUACGUAAACCACAACAUUUGUUUAUACCGUAUAGCAUAGAUAAUUUACUCGCCACAUAAUGUGCAACAUUAUCAAUGAACAUCACACUAAUAUUAUUAUUUAUUUAUUUAAAUUAUUAAACGAAUAUUUGAACUACUGUCAUCCGGAAAUUUAAAUUUCAAGUGUCUCAUAACCUAACUAUUCAUCAGAUUCACAGAAAAUAAUCCAAUAAACCUAAUUAAAUAACAAAUGGACGAAAUGAAGUCGAUAUGGCUUUAAUUUAGUACGGUACACGAUGAGAGUUAUGAGACCCAAAAAACUGUUGUUUGUGACCGUAAUCGUUACACUCACAUUACUGUUUUUCGGUGUGUUUACGCAUUUAUUCGAAAAAGACUUCGAUGACAAUUUUCGUUAUCCGUACGAGGGCGAUAUAGAAGAGUUGGUGCUCCAGUUAAAACACAAUGAGACGCCGACAAUUCCCGCUAUUAACCACUACAACUUUCGGUUUUAUAACUUGCCAUCGAUGCAGUGCGAGUUAAUACACGACUUGAGACUGGUUUACAUCAUUAAGUCCUCCCCAGAAAACUUCCUUAAUAGAAAGGCGAUUAGGAGCAGUUGGGGAUUUGAACGCAGAUUUUCUGAUGUGGAAAUCAGGCGGAUUUUCCUGUUGGGCUGGCAAAAAUCAAAAGAAGUGCAACAGAAAAUUGACACUGAAGCUGGAGAGCAUAAUGACAUAGUUCAGGCUGAUUUUGUGGACAGUUACUUCAACAACACUUAUAAAACAAUGUCUGGAUUUACUUGGGCGGUUAAUUAUUGCAGGAAUUCCAAGUUUUACAUGUUUGUGGAUGAUGAUUAUUAUGUCUCUACCAAAAAUGUGCUCAGAUUUUUAAGGUAUCCAACAAACUAUCCUCAGUAUUUGCAACAUCCACUUAGCAAUGUUAAUAAAAUUUUACAUAUAAGGAAACCAUUACAAGUUGACUUAAAUUUGAAUGAUGAUGUUAGACUAUAUACAGGUUACACAUUUGAAUCAUCUCCACUGAGGCACUACAUGAGUAAAUGGUAUGUUUCGCUGGAAGAAUAUCCUUAUAAUAAGUGGCCUCCUUAUGUAACAGCUGGUGCUUAUAUAUUAUCCAUUCAGGCUUUGCUGGACAUGUAUUAUGCUAGUUUUUACACAAAGCAUUUCAGAUUUGAUGAUAUUUAUGUCGGAAUUUUAGCAUACAAAACGAAAAUUGAACCCUUUCACUGUCCUGAAUUUUAUUUCUAUAAGAAAAAUUACGAAAAAUACAAUUAUCAAUAUGUAAUAGCAAGUCAUGGGUACAAAGAUCACAUAGAGAUGCUGACUGUUUGGACUGAGCAAAAAAGUUUGGGAUUUGCUUGAAAUUCUAAUCAAUUAAGUAUAUUCGUUUAUAAAAGACUGACAAUGACUUGAAUGUUGUUUGUUGUUGCUGGAAUUCAAUAUAAUAUUGUGAUAAUUUCAAUAAAAAUCUUUUGUGAU